GGAAGGAACUGAAAAAAAACGUACGCAGUUAGUUUUGUCCCUCUACGGACUCUGUAGCAUUACGUACAUGAUUUGACGUCAAACUAACCGGUGAUUUUCAAAUACGAGCGCGUAUUUUAGCAUCUCUGAAGUUCUUCUUUCUUGUCUAAUCGAAAUGGAGGCCAACAAAGAAUCACCUAGUGCCUUUAAAACGCCUUGCAAGCCUGCAAAAGGGAAAAAUCCAGUCAGUGCAUGUGGAACCCCAGUCACCAUUCCUGCCUCUCCUUUCAUGAAGAAGCUCGGCUGUGGGACUGGAGUCAACGUCUAUCUCAUGAACCGGAUGGGUAAGCACACUCAUUCACCAUGGGCCAUUAAGAAGAUCAACAGCAAGUGUGCAAAAAGUCAAAUGACCAUUUAUCAGAGGCGUCUGUGCGAGGAGGCAAAGAUCUUAAAAGACCUGCAUCACCCCAAUAUUGUUGGCUUCAGAGCUUUUACCACAGCAAAAGACGGCUCUAAGUGUUUGGCGAUGGAGUACGGUGGAGAGCAGUCUCUGAAUGACCUCAUUGAGAAGAGGAGAGAGGAGGGUUUGCAGGCAUUUCCAGUGGCCACUAUUGAGAAAGUGGCUCUUCAUGUUGCUCGUGGUUUACAGUACCUGCACAAUGAGAAAAAGCUUUUGCAUGGAGACAUGAAAUCAUGCAACGUUGUCAUCAAGGGUGACUUUGAUAGCAUCAAAAUCUGUGAUGUUGGUGUGUCACUGCCACUGGAUGAAAACAUGCAGGUGAGUGAUCCAAAGGCCCACUACAUUGGGACGGAGCCGUGGAAGCCUAAGGAAGCUUUGGAAGAUGGAGUGAUCUCAGACAAAGCCGAUAUCUUUGCAUAUGGACUCACGCUGUGGGAGAUGAUGACACUUUCUGUUCCUCACCUGGAGAUGCUGGACACUGAGGGUGACGAUGAUGAUGAUAACUCCUUUGAUGAGGAUGAUUUUGAUGAAGAUGCAUAUUACGAGAGACUGGGAACUCGGCCGGCUUUGGACGCAGCGACUCUUGGAGGGGCUUAUCAGAGGAUGGUGGAGCUCUUCUGUCUCUGUACAGAAGAAGACCCCCAUAAAAGACCCUCGGCAGCUCACAUUGUUCAGGUGUUGGAGUCAAACACCCAGCUUUGUGACAAAAGCAGUGAGGUCACUGUAAUUGAUUAAAUGUUCAAUUUGCCUGUUGGGUCUGGUUACUGUUCUGUCUAUAGUUUUACUUUGUGAGCUGGUGUUUUUUCAUGUUGUAAAUACUUUUCUGUUGAGGAUUUAAUCAUGUUACAUAUGUUCUUAUGUAUUCUUUUGAUCUAUUCAUACAUUUUAGAUACUGUAGUUGUCAGUGCCAGUUGAAUUCAUAUCUGUUUUUGAACCAUUAACCUAUGUGUGUAAAAUCAGCACACGUUAAAAUAAUUGGAAUUUU